GGGUGCCUCUUCUCCGGGAUUUCUUACUGGCCUUUCCAAAUAUGAUAUAUAGAUAUCUCUACAAGCGUAUGUAUGAGCUGGACGCAGCAUAUUCGGCCUUCUCUACGGAUUCAUUGUUAGGGCUAAAAUUCUUUCUCUCUCUCUGGACGGCAAUUUUUUCAUACCGGUUUUUCGCGGAUUCUAGGGUUUGAUUUUUUCUUCUCUCUUUUUAACGAUAGGGUGGGAGGGCUUCCUUUAUCGUGAGAAUAUCUUAUCUGAAUAUAUUUAGGACUUGAUUUUUUUUUUUUUGCCUGUGAUAUCUCUCUUCUUGAGUUUUGCUGCAUAUUUAGUGGUUGCUUUUGUUUCAUCACCGGGUUUCUUAGGUUUUUCUUUUAAAAAACUUUUGUCGAGGAAUUUUCUGUCUUCCUGGUUUUCUUUGGCUGGGAUUUGGGGUGGAAUCGGUCUAUUCGGGAGCAGUAAUGGUGGUGAAGAUGAUCAAGUGGCGGCCAUGGCCGCCUCUGGUUAAGAAAUAUCAGGUGAAGCUGGUUUUGCACAGGAUUGAGGGGUUUAGGGAGAUCGAGAAGGCGGAUGGCCUGGAUUCGUCCAGAGUGACGGUUGAGAUUAAGUGGAAGGGGCCCAGGGCCGUUAUAACAUCUCUCAGGCGCAAGGUCAAGAGGAAUUUCACGGCUGAGAGGGAUUAUUUGCACGAUGAAGGUUUUGUUGAAUUCGAUGAGGAGUUUGGAAAUGUCUGUGGGCUCUCUGUUCACAAGGAGAACUUCUUUUAUCCAUGGGAGAUUGCUUUCACUAUUUUGAAUGGUCUCAAUCAAGGGCCAAAAACUAAGACCUCUGUUAUUGGGACAGCUUCAAUGAACCUUGCAGAUUAUGCAUCACCAGUUGAAGGAUCCGAGAUCGAAAUAAAGCUUCCGUUCUCAUCGCCUGGUGUCUCCAUCGAAUCUUCUCCUUUCCUUUUUUGUACUCUGAGCUUACUCGAACUGAGAGCUGCUCAAGAGUCAUCAGAUACAGUCCAGAGAUCAAUAGCACCUCUAUCCCCUGUACCUGGUGAGGCCCCAAUUGCUGGAAAAGACGAGCUCUCCGCUCUCAAAGCAGGGCUUAGCAAAGUGAAAUUGCUCGCUGACAUUGUCUCUGCUCGAAAAGCAAAGAAGGCGUGUCGUGAGGAUGAGGGCAGCGACCCUAGCAGGUAUUCUAUAGGGAGCAACGAUGCGUACCCACUUGAUUCUGACUCUCUCGAUGAAUUUGAGGAAGGAGAAGUGGAGGAUGGGAAAGAGGAUUCGAGCAUUAGGAAGUCAUUCAGUUAUGGGACAUUGGCAUCGGCUAAUUUUGUUGGUGGGUCUUAUUACUCGGGAGCGAGGAUUGAUGGAGAGGAUGAAGAUUGGGUUUAUUACAGUAACCGCAAGUCGGAUGUGGGCACUGUUCACUCGGAGGACCAACCAUCAGCGAGCGAGCAAUCAAUAUUGCAGUCUUCGAAGAGGAGCAUUCUCUCAUGGAGGAAGAGGAAGCUGAGUUUCAGAUCACCAAGAACAAAAGGGGAGCCACUAUUGAAGAAAGCCUAUGGGGAAGAGGGUGGUGAUGAUAUCGAUUAUGAUCGCCGGCAACUUAGUUCCUCCUCAGAUGAGUCUCUCAGCCUAGGGAUGGCCAAGGCAGAAGAUGAAGCUGCUGUGAACCGGUUGUCAGUGUCCGAGUUUGGAGAUGACAAUUUUGCAGUUGGGAGGUGGGAGGCGAAGGAGCUCAUAAGCCGGGAUGGACACAUGAAGCUCAACGCCCACGUCUUCUUCGCGUCCAUCGACCAGAGGAGCGAGCGCGCUGCAGGGGAGAGCGCAUGCACCGCUCUCGUGGCUGUGAUUGCCGACUGGUUGCAAGCCAACCCCAACUCAAUGCCCAUCAAAUCUCAAUUCGACAGCCUCAUUAGAGAGGGCUCUCGAGAGUGGCGAAGCCUCUGCGAAAAUGAGGCCUACCGAGAACGCUUCCCUGACAAACAUUUUGACCUAGAAACAGUACUUCAGGCCAAAAUAAGACCCCUCUCUGUCUUGCCUGAAAAAUCCUUUGUUGGGUUCUUCCACCCUGACGGUUCAAUUGAGGGUCUAGACUUUUUGCAGGGUGCAAUGUCCUUCGAUAAUAUAUGGGACGAGAUCAGUGCUGCUGCUUCAUAUUGUAAGGAGGGUGAUUUUCAGGUGUAUGUAGUGAGUUGGAAUGACCACUUUUUCGUGCUCAAAGUUGAGCCCGAGGCCUACUACAUUAUGGACACACUCGGUGAGAGGCUUUUUGAGGGGUGCAACCAGGCCUAUGUAUUGAGGUUUGAUAGCGACACGGUGAUGUAUGAGUUGCCUGAAGAGGAGGAGAAACCAAUGGGUGAGGAUACCACCAUAAGGAGGUAUGAACAGCAAGAGGAAGGUGAGGAGGCGAAACAGAAAGAGGAGGAGUUAGUAUGCAAGGGGAAGGAGACGUGCAAGGAAUAUAUAAAGAAGUUCUUAGCUGCCAUUCCUUUGAGGGAGUUGCAGGCGGAUGUGAAGAAAGGGCGCAUGGCAGCAGGGACACUGCUUCACCACCGCCUGCAAAUUGAGUUCCAUUACACGGCGCUUUCGCAAACCGAAUUGGCUGUUGUGUAAAGAGAGAAAUCGGUUUGGUUGAAGUAUGAGCAUGUACAUCUAUGUUCGUGUAUUUUUCUUUUCUUUGGGUCUUGUGCAUCUUUUUUUUUCUAUUAGUUUGUUUAUCCUCUUUAGAGCUUAACUUUGUUAUGAUGGGUCAGAAAAUGGCAGCCCAUACACAGAGAGAGAGAGAGGUUUUGAUGGUUCCAUGUUUUAGCAGGAAAAUGGCUCUCUUCUAACCCUUUGAUUCGAGUGAGAGUGUGUUAAUCCAUUCCCUUGUAAUAUGACUCUUUAUUCCAAGCUUUAAUUGAUGGUUUGACGUGCUUUGCAUCUC